AUGGCUCUUGCUUACCCUGUCGGUCAAUCAGGCUCGCUCGAACCACCGCUGCUAUUCGAACUGGCCGCUCGAAACAACAUCUCUCUGCCGUCUCCGUCGUCCGAUCCGGCGUUCGCGUCCAUUUCGACCCUCGUCGACCGCUACCGCCGCUUUACCAGCCUAGAUGACUUCCUGCACUACUACUUCGUCGGCAUGUCGGUGCUGAUCACGGCGGCGGACUUUGAGAGUCUGGCGUACGAAUACUUCCGACGCGCGCACGCCGACGGGGUCGUGCACGCCGAGGUCUUUUUCGACCCGCAAGCGCACACGUCUCGCGGCGUCAGCUACCGCACGGUAGUCGACGGAUUUGCGCAGGCCCAGCGGCGGGCGAAGGCGGAUUUCCGCAUCACUUCCGAGCUGAUCGUGUGCAUCCUACGGCAUCUGCCCGCCGCGGACGGCGACGCCAUGUACCACGACGCCAUUCCCGACCUGGAAGCCGGCGUGAUCAAGGGCCUGGGCCUGAGUUCGACGGAGAAAGGGAACCCGCCGAUCCGAUUCAAGGACACGUACGCCGACGCCGAACGCCGUGGCUUCCGCCUCACGGCGCACGCGGGCGAAGAGGCCGACGUCGACUACAUGGCGUCGGCGCUGCACGAUCUGCACGUCACGCGCGUCGACCACGGCAUCAAAUUGGUCCAAGACCCGACCGUCCUCAAAGAGUUUGCCGACCGCAACGUCAUGGUCACGCUGUGUCCGUUGUCGAACGUCGAGUUGCGCUGUGUCAAGACGGUCGCCGACUUGCCCGUUCGCACGUAUCUUGACCACGGCGUCCCCUUCAGCAUCAACAGCGACGACCCGGCCUAUUUCGGCGGCUACAUUCUCGCCAAUUUCUGUGCCGUGCAGGACGCCUUCACCCUGACCCCGGCGGAAUGGGAGCGAGUCGUCCGGAAUAGUAUCGAGGGCAGUUGGUGCAGUGACGAGAGGAAGGCGGAGCUGAACAGUCUGCUGGACGGCGUCAUGAAGAGAUUUGCGCCUUGA